AUGUGGAGCCCCAAGAUGGAGAUCGUCACCCAGACCAGCGUGGCGGCCGACUCCCCGGCUGCAGUCUCUGCAGGCGCCAGCGUGCUGGGGUCAGCCCUCGCUUCUGCAACAGCAGGAGGAAGCCCGGUGCUCUCAGCUGCCGGCCAAGGUCUGGGCACCGCGGCUGGGGUCACCAGCAUCCCGGCCAGCGUGUUAGAGCACACUCAUUGUGGAAGCACUGCCCAGGUUAUCAGGAAGAACAUCCGGGCCUUUCGGGUGGCCAGAACCCACCCGCACCUGGCCACGGGCCAGGCCUCAGCCAGAACGAGCAAGCAGGUGCAGAAGGUCUUCGAGGGCACGGCGCUGGCCGUGUCCAGAACCACUCGCAUGCUGGGGGGGACAGUGGCCAUCAUGUCCCUUUGCCAGCACCUGGCCGCUCUCUCACAGGACUGGGAGGAACUGCAGGACGGGGCAAGGGCAGAGUCUGCCGAAGAGCUGAGGGCCAUGGCGUCGAAGCUGGAGGAGGAGCUGACCCAGUGCAGCCGGGGUCCUCCUCUUACUGCUGUCACACUGCCGAUGAGGGCUCAACUCAAGAGUGUGCGGGGCCGGGACCCACCAGCCACGCAGGCCCCCUGGCGCCAGGCUCCCGAUCUCAGAGCCGGGCCGGUGACAGGCUGGUGA